GUAAUGUUAAACGAAAAAACAAUCAACUUCUUCGAUACAAUGCUUUCCCAUUAACUGAUUUGCCCAUCCAGAAGCUAUAAAAUGGAUGCAACUUCUCGGUGUUGGUCUAUUCUCCCGUAACCGGGUGUCGUUAACCUUGUCCAGUAAAAUGAGGAACGUAGUGCGCUCGGGAGUGAUCCUGCUGCUGGCGAUCGCGCUUGCCAGUUGCCCUGUGGAAGGUCAGCACGAUCCACACUUCGUCCCUGGCCACAGCACCAUUGUGCAUCUGUUCGAGUGGAAGUGGAACGACAUUGCGGACGAGUGUGAGCGUUUCCUGGGGCCGAAGGGUUACGGUGGUGUGCAGCUGUCACCGGUCAACGAGAAUAUCAUUAUUCGAUUGGACGAUGGUUCCCGACCAUGGUGGGAACGCUACCAGCCCAUUUCGUACAAGCUGGACACUCGCUCCGGCACGGAGGCACAGUUUGCCGAGAUGUCCCGCCGCUGUAAUGCGGCCGGCGUACGUCUCUACGUGGACAUCAUCAUCAACCACAUGGGUGCGACGCAACCCGUUGAGCCGGCUAUUGGUACGGGAGGUUCAACGGCCAUUCCCUCCGACCGUCAGUUCCCGGCAGUACCGUUCGGGUGGCCCGACUUCAAUGCGCCGUGUGACAUCAACGAUUGGGGCAAUCCAGUCGAGAUCCGGAACUGUGAGCUUGUUGGACUACACGAUCUCAACCAGGCCGAACCGUGGGUACGCGAUCGUGCCGUCGACUUCCUGAACCAUCUGAUCGAGCUCGGAGUUGCCGGGUUCCGCGUGGAUGCCGCCAAACACAUGUGGCCUGCAGAUCUUGAGGUGAUCUUCGGCCGGCUCCACAAUCUUAACACCGCGUACGGUUUUGCACCCGGAUCGAGAGCGUUCCUUGCGCAAGAAGUUAUCGAUAUGGGAAGCCAUGAGGCGGUCCGCAAGUACGAGUACACGCACCUCGGCACGGUCACUGAGUUUAUGUAUUCACACUACCUUGGCCGGGCAUUCAGUGGUGGCGAUGCUCUCCGUUGGUUAUACAACUUUGGCGAUGCGUGGGGCCUGCUUUCGUCGCGCGAUGCCUUCGUAUUCGUGGACAAUCACGACAACCAGCGGGGCCAUGACGGUAUCCUCACUCACAAGGAACCCAAGCCGUACAAAAUGGCGACCGCAUUUGCAGCGGCCUACCCGUACGGGCAGCUGCGCGUUAUGAGUUCGUUCGCAUUCACCAGCUUCGAUCAGGGCCCGCCGGCCGAUGCGCAGGGUAAUCUGCUGUCGCCCAUCAUUAACCCGGACACGACUUGCGGUGGCGGUUGGGUGUGUGAGCACCGAUGGCGCCAGAUUUACAGCAUGAUCCACUUCCGCAACCUUGCGUGGGGUACGCCGAUGCAGCACUGGUGGGACAAUGGUAACAACCAGAUCGCCUUUGCCCGAGGAAACGUUGGCUUUGUGGCGUUCAACCUGGAACCGUACGACAUGAAUGUGAUCCUGCAGACGGGUCUGCCGGCUGGUAUCUACUGUGAUGUUAUUUCUGGUUCGCGCGUCGGUGAAACCUGUACCGGGCUGCAGGUUAUUGUAGAGCCGAACGGUUAUGCAUCGAUUUCUAUCCGCGCGAAUGCCGAGGACGGUGUGAUUGCCAUCCACAGUGAGGUAAGUGUACGGGGAAUGUAUUCACAUUGA